CGGACUGCUUGUGAAGACGGACCGGACGUAGCGUGAGGUUAUUGAGCGGCUUUCAGAAGUGGAGCAUCUGAGGAGUUUUAAUCGUGUCUGUUCUGUUGUAAGCCAGGAAAGUUUUGUCUUGACUAAAAGUUAUUUGCUGAACAGACGAGAUGUUGAGAAGUGCUUCAUUGCAGAUCUUCCGGCAGCUGGUGAGACACAGGAGCACAGAUGCAAAUCUCAUCCUGGAAAGAUCGAUAAACCGCGUGCAGCUGCUGGGGCGAGUCGGGCAGGACCCGGUGAUGAGACAAAUGGAGGGUCGGAACCCCGUCACCAUCUUCUCACUGGCGACCAAUGAGAUGUGGCGCUCUGGGGACGGAGAAACAAGCUCUACAGGAGACGUCAGCCAGAAGACGACGUGGCAUCGCGUCUCGGUGUUCAAACCGGGUCUGAGGGAUGUCGCAUACAAUUAUGUCAAGAAAGGGUCCAGGAUUCUAGUGGAGGGAAAACUGGAUUAUGGAGAAUAUGUGGACAAAAACCAAGUCAGACGCCAGGCCACCACCAUCAUCGCAGACAACAUUGUUUUCCUGAGCGACAACAUCAGAGACCGAACCUGAGGGAUGUUUUCCUCCUCACAUCCAGCUACGGAUAAAAACAACUUGUAGUUUCACUUUUCUUCUUCAAACCAAAAUAAGACUUGAGGAUUACUAACUGUUUAGUAUGAGGGGGGGACAUAAGCUGGGAAUCAUGUUUGACUGUGAGGCCCCCUGCUGGCAGAAAUGAAGACAUUCAAGAGGAGCAGAAAGAAGCUCUGUCCAUAAAAAGUUUGAUUUCUCUAUAUGUACAUAGCAUCGCUUAAAAUAAAUAAGGCCUGUUCUGUGUUUUCCACUGCAGAAAUUAUGACACAGGGAUUAUUUAAUUCAUCCAACUCGCUUCAAAGUUUCUUCUUAAAGGGGACCUAUUAUGCAAAACUCACUUUUUGUACAUUUUUAUACUUCCAUUUGGGUUUCUACUGCUUAUAAAGGCAGCAUGAAGCUUAAAAAAACACCAAUUUAUUUUUGGUAAUAAAUUAAUGUUUUUUUUUUAUCUCUAGAAAAUGAGCCGUUUGAAAAACCUUCUGAAUGUUAGAAGGCAGAUGGCGCUGUGCCGUCACCUGGCAACCACAGUGGAGUUCUAUGAGUUACCUAGCAACCCAAGUAAAGUUCCAGCACGUUCAGUCAGCUGUUUUUAAAUGCUGUACAGUGGCUGCUGGAAAAGACAAGUGCUUUGUUGUUGACUUUGCAAAAAUACAAAUUCCACUAAGAUUUAUGGUCUUGUAGCUUAUAACUAGUCUGUUUUCAUCAAUUUUAAGAAAUUAUUGACUUAAAAUGAGGUCCUGUGCCUUGCUGAAAAGUUAGUUAUAUGUUAGUUUUGUCUUAUUUUAAAUGUUCUAAGACAUUUGCAUGAGAAACAUACUUGGUGAUAUUUUUAUUUUUUUGCAGUGUACCAUCCAGAAACCACCUGCUGCAUUCUUGGUGGUUGUGCAGGAGGCUCUACUUCUGCUUCUCAAAGAUAUACGGUUGUAAAAUGGCACAUCUGCAGCCAUUUUGACGUGUGAGUGAAAACGUUGAGUUGGGGGAGGGGGUGGACACCAGCAGAUUAUUUGGAUUUAAAGUGACAGGACCUGAAACAGCUCAUAGCCGGAACUGAGCAGAGCAAAAUCUAAUUAUCUAAGAAUGAUUUUGUUCAAAAUUAUGUAAUGAACAUAAACGUAUCUUAACCUGUUCUAGAAAGCAUAAUAGGUCACCUUUAAGUUUAGCUUUAAAGACUGAAAGCUCAGUAGAGCAAUUCUUAUUUGUAUUAAAGGGACAGUGUUAUGUAAAAUUGACUUUUUGAGGUUUAUAUUGUGUUAAAAUGUUAUUCCCAAUGGAGUUUUACUUUGAUUUUUUUUCACAAUUGUCUGAGAAUUCCUUUAAUCUUUUGUGACAACAAUUCAUGGGUACCUAAACACUUCAAAACACCUACUCAGCUCCUUCAGACUAGCCAAAAGCAAUUAGCAAACACCUGCUGUAACUGCGCAUCUGCUGAGUUCAUAUUACAAACUACUACACAGUACAGCGCUCCGAAGAAUAGUUAGAAAUGGUAUAAAGGAGGAGCAUUGUUGUGAUAAUGCGCAGAAGGCGGAGUGUCGGAGAGGGGAGGGGCUUUGAAUUUUGUUGUCCUUGUGACAAUGACAAUAAAGAUUUAUCUUAUCUUGUUAAAGAAACAAAAGCCCAAUUUCAAGGUGUUUAAUUACAAAGUAAAAUGGUAAGAUCAAUACCUGAACACCAACUAUAAAGUCUUGAAAAAUGCUACUAUUUUUUAAAAACACAAAUAAGCAAUGUUAAGCCUGGUGGGGGCACAAGUAAAGCCUGGUGGCCCGCCAGGCUUAAUCCACUGGGGGGAACCCUGUGUUUGAUAUAUAGAGCAUUUUCAUAACAACUGAAGGUUGCAUGGUGGAUUAUGCUAUAAAAUGCCUGGAAUAUACAAAAUGGCAUCCCUUUGAAGAACAGUAUUAAGCUGAUUUAUUUUUAAUUGAAGUCAAUCUUUUGAUUAUUUUUUUUUUAUUAAAAAGGAAUUUACCAACUAAGA